AUGACUAAAGAAAUUGAGAAUCUUUUAAGUAUUGGCGCCAUUAGUCUAUGUGAACCAUGUGAUGGUCAAUUUUUAUCAAAUAUCUUUCUUGUCAAGAAGAGCAAUGGAACCAAUAGAUUUAUUUUAAAUUUAAAAUCAUUAAAUAAGUUUAUUACCGCGCCACAUUUUAAACUUGAAGAUUACAGAACUGCAAUGAGGCUCAUGUCUAAGCAUGCUUACAUGUGUUCAAUUGACCUUAAAGAUGCAUAUUUUUCAAUUAGUGUUCAUUGCGAAUCUAGAAAGUAUUUGCGUUUUUAUUGGUUAGGAAAGCUAUAUGAAUUUCAAGUUUUACCAUUUGGUCUUAAUAUAGCACCCUAUGUUUUUACAAAAAUCAUGCGCCCCGUAAUGGAAUUUCUGCGUAAUCAGGGGCUAUUGUCUGUCAUUUAUUUGGAUGAUUUGUUGUUAUUCGGAAAUACUAGUAGUGACUGUAAACGAAAUUAUGAAAUUACUCAAAACUUGUUGCAAUCACUAGGUUUUACAAUAAAUAUAAAAAAGAGUGUAAGUACACCCAGUCAAACUGCUAUCUUUCUAGGUUUUCUGUUUGAUUCACAAAAUUGUACAAUAAGCAUUCCUCUAGAAAAGAAACAAAAGAUCAAGGAUGAGCUCAUGCAUUUUUCUAGUUUAAAACGGUGCAAGUUACGUAACUUCGCUCAUAUGAUAGGAUUGCUAAUAUCGAUUUGUCCAGCAUCGCAGUAUGGCUGGCUUUAUACAAAGAAGUUUGAAAGAAUUAAGUAUCUGAGUUUGAAACAAAAUGAUGAUUACAAUCAAUACAUUAAUUUACCUAUGCCCUUACGUGAAGAAUUUGACUGGUGGUUACGUAACAUUGAUCAUUGCGCUAGCCCUAUCCGAUCUGGUGACUACAAGUUGGAAAUAUACUCAGACGCGUCUCGAACUGGUUGGGGUGUGAAUUGCUCUGGUAGAACCGCCAGCGGGCAAUGGUCUAGCGAAGAGUUGACAAAACAUAUUAAUUAUUUAGAGCUGAAAGCAGCAUUUUUUGGAUUACAAAUUUUUGCCAAAAAUUUUAGCAAUUGUGAGAUUCUUUUACGGAUUGACAACUCUACUGCUAUUUCUUAUAUCAAUAGGAUGGGUGGUAUACGAUAUCCCCAUCUCAAUUCAAUCAGUCGCAAGAUUUGGCAGUGGUGUGAAGAGCGAGGCUUAUAUGUUUUUGCUUCUUAUAUUAGUUCUCGUGACAACUAUAUCGCGGACGCGGAAUCUCGUCGCAUACAUGCUGACGUCGAAUGGGAACUCGCCGACGACGCUUAUCGUUUUAUAUGCAAAAAAUUUAACCAGCCUGAGAUUGAUUUGUUUGCAAGUCGAUUGAAUAAGAAAUGUUCGAAAUUUGUUUCUUGGCACAAAGAUCCCGAAGCAUAUAAGGUGGAUGCAUUUACUUUGACCUGGUCUAAUUAUUUUUUCUAUGCAUUUCCCCCAUUUUGCUUAAUAAUAAAAGUUUUACAAAAAAUCAUUUUUGAUAAAGCUGAAGGUAUUGUUGUGGUUCCUCUCUGGCCAACGCAGCCUUGGUACCCACUUUUUAGGAAGCUGUUGAUUACCGAGCCUAUUGAAUUAAAAUCUAAUACAAAAUUGUUGUCAUCCCCUUACAGUCGCGAACACAAGCUUCAAGAGAGUCUUACCCUGGUUGCCGGAGUAUUAUCAGGCAGGCGUUCCUGA